UCUGAGUUCACCUUGUUAGUUAACAUGUUUAUUAAAAUUAUUCAAAUCUCCCUUUUAGUAUUGUUCCUAAAAAACGUAAACGGUCAUGGGAUGAUGCUAAAUCCACCUGGUAGAAGCUCUGUUUGGCGAUUUUAUGAUGGAUAUCCUACUAAUUAUAACGAUAAUGAACUUUUCUGCGGAGGAGGACUCACAUCAACCGAAACUGUUUCAAACUGUGGAAUUUGCGGCGAUUCACUCGAAUUACCCAGACCACGUCCGAAUGAAAACACCGGAACUUACGGUCAAGGAAAAAUCGUCGCCGAAUACACAAUGGGACAAGUAAUCGACGUUUCCGUUACGUUAACCAGUAACCAUAAAGGAACUUUUGAAUACAGCUUAUGCGUUUUGGAAGAUGCGGAUCAAAUGGAAUCAGGUGACGAAUGCUUCCAACCGUUAACUUUCGAAGAUGGGUCAAGCAAAUUUGUUGUUCAAUCGACAAUAUCUAAAUUUGAGAAUCGCGUUCAACUUCCGGAUGAUGUUACAUGUGAUAGAUGUGUACUUAGGUGGCAUUAUAGAACCGGAAAUAGUUGGGGGCAAUGUCCUGAUGGAACUUGGGCUACCGGAUGUGGGAUUCAAGAAACUUUCCGUUCUUGCGCUGAUAUCUCCAUUAAAAAUUAAACAAAAAUAUUGUACUAUUAUAAUUUACAAUGAAUUUAUAGUUACAAUAAAGAUAAGAGUUGAAUUAAAUUGAUAGGGUAUUUUUAAGAUAUACUAACUAGGUUUUUAUCAUAAAUGAUGAUAAUCGUUCCGCAUUGUAUUCAUAUACAUUUCCGCCUACAUCCUUUAUUAAAAAAAAUAUAAAAUAAAAUAUAUUUUUUAAACGCAAA